CUCUCCUCAGAAAAAGAUCGCUCGACGAUCUUAGUCCUACGUAACCUUCGUCGUUCCGAAUCUCUGUUGUCCCGAGCUGAGGAGGUGUCUCUUUUGUUAUUCUCCUCUUCACACCUCCUGCUUCCACUGGGUCUCUGAAACAUCGCAACAAUUCAGGCCCCCAACUGCGUGGUCGCUGUGCUACCCUCCGCGCCCUAGACACCCCUCGAAACCGCUCGACAAGCAACCAUGGCCGCGGAGCAUACAAUCACGCAGGCUCUAUUAGAGUGGAUCAACAGCUUCGCUCUAGGAAAGACGAUUCGCACAACAGAGGAGCUUUCCGAUGGAACCAUUAUCUGGGAGAUCCUACAGGAUAUCGACCCGCAGUACUUCCUCGAUGAGAUUCCUCAACGAGCUCCGUCCGACCACUGGCUAUCCAAAUGGCAGAAUCUAAAACAUAUCCACAAAUUGCUCGUCAAUUAUAUCCGUCAGCAGCCUGACGGCAUGCCAUCGGGCCUAGAUCCGAACCCCAACCUCGAACUUGUCGCCGAGAAGAAUUCCGAGAAAGAAGCUAACAAGCUCCUGAAAUUGCUCUUGAUCGGAGCCAUCCGUUCUCCCAACGCGCCGACCUAUGUCGAAACCCUGCAGACUCUAAGCACCCCGACCCAAGAGACCCUCAAAAACAUUUUCGAGGAGGCACAAAACGGACAACAUGAAGCCACUGACGGCGAGGAUGACAUCAAGGAGGAGCGAGAGCUACCCGUCGACCCGGAACUACAAUUUGAGGAACGAGUCGGAAAGGUACUGGCGGAGAAUAACCGCAUGGCUCGGGAGAAAAAGGAUAUGCAGAAGCAGAUUGACGAUAUGCAUGACCGCUUGGCCCGCCUCCAGGAGAACAACGACACCUUGCAGAGCCGCUUGGCGUCCACUGAGGAUCGGCUCGUCAACUUGCGGUCCGGUAAGGGUGAUCUUGGACUCAAUGCGAAGGCUCUCGAAUCCAAGUCCCGUCAACAAGAAGAUAUAAUCGCAACUCAGGAAGCCAGGCUAGCUACAGCUCAAGAUGAGAUUGACAGUCUGCGAAUGACUGUCGAAUCGUUACGGGUCAAGAACCAACGUUUCCAAAAACUGCAAGAUGACUAUGAUGAGCUGAAGACUGAACGAGACCAGCUGGCCCGGAAAGCGAAUGCAGCCGAGAAGUAUCGCCAAAAGUUACAAGCGAGCCAAGACUUCGAGAAGGAAAAUCAGUCCUUGAGGAAUCAAAUCAAAGAUCUCCAGCAACAACUCAAGGAGACAGAUUCGCAGCAGAAGUGGAACUCUGAACGCGAAGUAGAGCUUGAGGAGUACAGGAGAGUCUUGCCUCGCAUAGAGCAGGAGUGCAGUGAGAUUCAGAACCUUAAGAAGCAGCUGGAGUUCAAUAACCAUGCACUCACUGAGCGUCUCAGCAACGCCGAAGAGCAACGCGAGCGCGAUGAUGCCUUGAUCAGCGAACUGAGAGAGCGAAUUCGGGAGUUGGAAGGGUCCCCCGGCAGUCCAUCUCUGACGCCGGGAGCAGAGACACUAAAGCUAGAGGGGACCUUGCAGAAAGAUUUUGAGGCUAUCGGUGUGAAGGAAUCUCAACUGAAAUCUGAAAACGAGGACCUCAAGAAGGAAGAGGAAUCGCUAAGGGGUCCCUCAGCAUCGAUUCUCGAAGGCUUCUCUGAUACAUACAGUGAAACCCUCCAGCAAGCUCGCGCCAACUCAACGCAGAGUGAUGAGUACUGGAAGUUGUACGAUCAGUUCACAUCAGCACUCAAGAGGCUGGCAGAAGCUCAGGACUCUCUUGACGUGACCAAACGCUCUUUGGGCGAUGCCAUGGCAGAAGUUGAACUCGCCAGCGACGAAAAAAUUGAUCUCAUAGCGGAAAUUAAGUCACACAACGCAACGGAGUUGAGCAGACUUCGCGACGAGUGGGAUGAAGUCAUGCGCAAGCUCAACAACCUCCAAGCUGAACUUGAUUCGACUCAUACUUUGGUGCAGGUAACCUGCGCUGAGCGCGACGACCUUCGAAACCUUCUUGAGAAGAAGCAAGCAGAGUUCCGCGCAGAGGAUCAGGAAGCAGCGGAGGAGAUGAAGAAAUUGCUUGCAGAACUCCUAGCGCAGGAAGAGGGAGAUGACUCAGAAGCUGCACAAAAGUCCGCCGUGGAAUUGACACGGCAAGUUGCUGCGCAGAUCGAGAAGAAUCUAGAAAGACUAGCCAAGCGCGCAGAGUACAUUCACCAACAAAAUGAGCAUAUCAAAUUCCUCCAGGAGCGCAUAAGGCAGCUCGAGGAUGAUACAGACACUGGAAUAAGCAAAGAACGUGAGCUUGAGCUUCAGAAGACAAUUGAUGCCCAAGCUCGGGAGCUUUUCCUCAUGAGCUCGUCGUGGUAUGAUUUACAGAGCCGACUGCAAAACAACAAUGUCACUAUGUCUAGAUAUCGCCACGGAACUUUGGCUGAUGCACAAAAGGGUUGGUUGGCCAAACAAAGAAGCGUGGUCGCUGGUCGAUAGAGCUGAGCUUUCUGUAUGUAUGUCAUGACACCACCCUUUUCUCAUCUUCCCGAUUGCUUGCUUCCACGUCUAUUUCCUUAUCCCAUUUACCUCAAGCCUCCAAUGUAUUUGUAAUUUCUUGGGAGGUGUCGCAUAUUAUACCUCCUCUACAUAAAGAGCUUCCUUUUACGCACAUGGUUAUACAAGACCAUUGUGAAUAGACUUUGUUGUGGAUGUGCGAGAUCGCGAUUAUUACGACC